UUAAACAGGGCGGAUGUUGUGGACUGUGACUGCACAUUUCUCUGCAGUGCUUCUCUUGGAGACUUAUCUCACCCGAUACUGGAAAGUCAUGUAGGAACGCCUGUGUUCUCACAUGUAAAGAAAGGACUUGGAUAGUUAUUGGGACAUAAUUUCUAAACUGUGACCAACAUGCUCCAGAUGUAUGUGUUGCUCUGUUUGCUGUCAGUUGUCAUCCCCCAGUCAACAAAUUCCUCAUCCAAGAAAGGUCGCAACAUCACCAUCCACUCCUCCCAGCUGGUUUGCAGUCUGCCAGGUCCAGUGGGGCCUGCGGGGAACCCAGGAGCCCAUGGAUCACCAGGGGCCAUGGGACCCAUGGGGCCGCCUGGGAAGGAUGGGCUGGAUGGGAAGGAUGGGGAAAAGGGAGAAAAGGGAGAAGGAGGGGAUGCAGGAAGGACUGGGAACCCAGGGAAACCUGGUGUAAAAGGCCGUGAAGGUGUUAUCGGCAAGGCCGGACCCCGGGGGCUGAGGGGGCUUCGUGGAACGCCAGGGUUGGCUGGAAAACGGGGACCAAAGGGAGUGCUGGGUGACGUGGGCCAGGAAGGGGCCCCUGGAGGCUGCAACUGCAAUAGAGCGGCCCGCUCAGCCUUCUCCGUGGCCAUGACAAAGAGCUACCCCAAAGAACGAAUGCCCAUCCGCUUCAGCCGGAUCCUGCUGAAUGAAGGAAAUCACUACAACGUCAGCAGUGGGAAAUUUGUCUGCAUUAUCCCUGGAGUCUAUUAUUUCACUUAUGAUAUCACUUUGGCAAAUAAGCACCUGGCCAUCGGGCUGGUGCACAAUGGAAAGUACAAGAUCAAGACUUUUGAUGCAAACACAGGAAACCACGAUGUGGCAUCUGGCUCUACGGUUCUCCACCUGCAGCAGGAAGACCAGGUCUGGCUGCAGAUCUUCUACUCGGAACAGAACGGACUCUUCUUUGACCCUUUCUGGACAGACAGCACCUUCACUGGCUUCCUAAUCUACCCGGACCAGGACUUUCUCAAUGAAGCUGACACCAAAGCAAAUGCUAAGGAUGACAGUUAACCCUGAAAAAUCUUUGUUUUGAUUUUAUAAUUGACACUUUCCAUUGACUUUAUUUCAUUUUUGAAUAGAUAGGUCCCCUGCUGAAGGCCUCAGUGACGUGUUGAGUUCUGACACUAGGGGGCACCCAAGGAAAGAAGAAACGCAACUACGUUUGGGAAACCACUCAGCAAUUGUGUUUCACUCAUGAAAUCACAAUUCUGACAAAAGAUCUUUUCAAAAAUUAAUUCAAGAAUGAACUUGAUUUUUUAAAAUUCCUUUGUUUCAUUAGAUUAAUGCAGUUUACAGGAGCUGUGAGACUGCUGUGAGUUUUUAAUAGUGGCACAGAGCCAUAGUCUCUGAUGCAGCCAUGUUUUUAUCCACAACAAUAAAACUCAAAUCAGUACAAUUUUUAUAUCCCAGUCUAGGGGAAACCUGAGUAUAACAGAAUGUUGGCUUCUCCUGUUUCUCCACACUUUUACAUUUAUGUUAUCUUUUAUUCUGUCCAUUGUUGUUACCUUCUGUUCUGCAUUUUGUUCACCCUCGUUUCAUAGCCAGUCUCAUAAAAAACAUUAUGGUUGGGUUGGGGUCCAUUUAAAUGAUGAUCCCUAGCAUUAAUCAUUCAGUCAAUCAAAUGUUUCCCACAGAUGUUUGGUUUUGUAUGGUGAAAACUCUUAAUAUUUUUAAGUGCCAAGUAAUAAACUAAAUGAAAACAGGAUAAAACUUGCAACAGUAACAGUAAAAAUGAAAACAAAAUUCACACAAUAAAGUACAAGUCAAAGCUGUUGUUUAAAGUUACAUGAUUCGAUUGUCUGAAAUGUAAAGUCUGCAACCAGUAAAUAAUUUGUCAUUUCCCAAAAAAA